AUGUCUUUCUACGAACUUGCUCCUAAGAACGCCAAGGGCGAGCCAUACCCUUUCGCAGACUUGAAGGGAAAAGUCGUGGUCAUUGUCAAUGUCGCGUCCAAGUGUGGCUUCACUCCACAAUACAAGGAGCUCGAGGAGUUGAACAAGAAGUACGCCGACAAGGACGUGCAAAUCCUCGGGUUCCCCUGCAACCAGUUUGGCCUGCAGGAGCCGGGCAGUGCUGACGAGAUUGCGUCCUUUUGCUCCUUGAACUAUGGCGUGACUUUCCCUGUUUUGGGCAAGGUGGAGGUCAACGGAGACAACGCCGACCCUGUGUACAAGUUCUUGAAGAGCCAGAAGUCCGGCAUCAUGGGCCUCAACAGAAUCAAGUGGAACUUCGAGAAGUUCUUGGUGGACAAAAACGGCAAGGUUGUGGAGAGAUACUCGUCGUUGACCAAGCCAUUGUCAUUGAGUGCCAAGAUCGACGAGUUGCUCAAGUAA